AGAAGAGGGCGUGGCUAAAUAUUUGAAAGUGGCGGGUAGGAACAACAAUAUAUUUUCAUUGAUUUGUGUUUUGCUAAUCGAGCGAAGGAGAAACUUUUAUGAAGUUAGCUGUUAGGUUUACCGACAUUUGAAUGCGAGUGGUGUUACGUCGCGUGUUACUGUUACCCGCGCUCCAACAGACGUUUUGUUCGUAGUUUUCGUGAAGUUUCUCAGCUGGCCCUGGUUGGAGUUUGAAGGGAUCAAUUGGAAUUUUACAACAUGGCAAACGAGGAUGGGAAGGUGAUCCCGGUGCGGGUCGCUCUACGAUGUCGUCCGCUCGUGCCGAAAGAGGUCAACGAAGGAUGCCAGUGCUGCCUCACGUUUGUGCCGGGGGAUCCACAGGUGAUCGUUGGCACAGAGAAAGCCUUCACCUAUGAUUAUGUGUUUGAUCCCACUGCUGAGCAAGAGGAGGUUUUUAAUACAGCUGUGUCGCCCCUACUAAGGGGGCUUUUCACAGGUUACCAUGCCACAGUUCUCGCGUAUGGACAAACCGGGUCAGGAAAGACCUACUCAAUGGGAGGAACAUACACAUCAGCUCAGGAGAACGACCCUUCAGUCGGAGUUAUUCCCCGAGUUAUCAGCAGGAUCUUUGAAGAAAAGGAGAAGAAAAAAAACUCUGAAAUCUGUCUUGCUGUGUCUUACCUGGAGAUUUAUAAUGAAGAAAUACUGGACUUGCUGUGUUCAUCUAAAGAUAAACCUGCUCUCAGCAUUCGUGAAGACCCUAAAGAAGGCAUUAAGAUCGUUGGGUUGACGGAGCGGCAGGUGUUUUCUGGUCCUGAGAUGGUGAGUUGUCUGGAGCUUGGUAACUCUGCUCGUACCGUCGGCUCCACAGCGAUGAACGCCGCCUCCUCGCGCUCUCACGCCAUCUUCACCAUCACUCUGGAGCAGCGCAGAGGAUCCGACAAGGUGGAUUCGGUUAUUUCAAAGCUGCACCUUGUGGAUCUGGCUGGUUCAGAGAGACAGAAAAAGACCAAAGCAGAGGGAGACCGUUUAAAAGAAGGCAUCAGCAUCAAUCGCGGCCUUUUGUCUUUGGGUAAUGUGAUCAGCGCCUUGGGGGACGAGAGCAAGAAAAGCACCUUUGUUCCUUACAGAGACUCUAAACUCACCCGUCUGCUACAAGACUCUUUAGGAGGCAACAGCCACACACUGAUGAUUGCCUGCAUCAGCCCUGCAGACUCAAACAUGGAGGAAACCAUCAACACGCUGAGAUACGCAGACAGAGCUCGCAAGAUCAAAAACAAACCGAUUGUUAACGUGGACCCCAGAGCAGCUGAAAUGAGCCGACUGAAACAGCAGGUUCAAGAGCUGCAGGUGAUGCUGCUCCACGCCCGAGGAGGUGUAGCUCCUGUGCUGUCUGGACCAGAGUCAGCCGAGAAAGUAACUAAACUGCUGGAGAGGAACCGCGUUCUGGAGGACGAGAACAGCAAGCUGAGCAGAGAGCUGAGCGAGGCGGCCGGACAGACGGCGCUCAUGUUUGAAAAGAUCAUCAUGACGGAGCAAUCGAACGAGAAACUGCAAAGCAAACUGGAACAACUUCAGCACCACGCAGCGUGCACGGUUGAUCUCCAGAAGGUGCUGCAGACGUUGGAGGACCAGGAGCUGAAGGAGAACGUGGAGGUCGUGAAGAACUUGCAAGACCUAAUCUUGGAACUCAAGAACGAGAGCGCAGGAAUCUCUGCCUCCAUCGAUGCCAUGGCAGCAGAAGAGGAUGUUCCUGAAGCGUUAGGCAACGACAGCAAGAACUCAUCAGCUGCGUCCUCAUCAGUGCGUUUCUUUUUGAGUUUUCCUCCUGGUUUAAACCUGAAGACAUUAACAUCCCAGACACACACACACUCUGCUUCCCUCAAGGAUUCCCCAGAUGGCUUCACGGCCCAUCAUGCACUGCGGCAAGCUCAGCUCUCCAAAGAGCUGAUUGAGCUGAACAAAGUGUUGAGUUUGAAAGAAGCUUUUGUGAGGAAAAUGUGCGAGAACGACAGCCAGCUGGAGCCGAUGCAGUCAGAGCAGCAGAAAAGUGUGCUAGCUCUGCAGUCCUCUGUGGAUUUACUGCAAAAGGAAAAAGAAGAACUGAUUUUGGCUCUUCAGUCUGCAAAAAAAGGCACCAGCCAGGCUAAGCUCAGCGAGCAGCGGAGGAAGAGGCUGCAGGAACUGGAAUCCCAGCUUGGAGAAAUGAAGAAGAAGCUUCUGGAUCAGUCGAAACUGCUGAAACUCAAAGAAUCGUCUGUUCAGAAAGUCAAGAAGCUCAUGCAGGAGAUACAGGCGAUGAAGACUCAGCGGAUACAACUGAUGAAGCAGAUGAGAGAGGACGCCGAGAAAUUCAGACAGUGGAAGAGCAAGAAGGACCGGGAGGUGCUGCAGCUGAAGGAAAAGGAUCGUAAGCGGCAGUACGAGCUGCUGAAACUCGAGAGGGAUUUCCAGAAACAAGCCGAUGUCCUACGGCGCAAAACCGAAGAAGCGGCAGCUGCUAACAAGAGGCUGAGAGACGCCCUGCAGAAGAGAAGCGAGGUUGCAGAGAAACGUAAAGAUGCUCAGAGCCGAGGGGCUGAAGGAGCUGCUGCACGAAUGAAAAUGUGGCUGCUGAAUGAGGUGGAGGUGAUGGCGAGCACCGAGGAGGCCCGGCGUCACCUCAACGACCUGCUGGAGGACAGGAAGGUCUUGGCUGAGGAGAUCAACCACCUCAAACAGCAGAUGGAGGCCGGGGACAGGCCCGCUUCAAAAAUCAGGCGCCGGACGCUGAUCAUCUCUGAGCUGGAGAGGCAGGGGGCGCUGGAUACUCCUCUGGCCAAACAGGUGGAGAACCUGGAGACGGAAAUAGGCCUCAGGAACGCCCAAAUCGCCGACCUGCAGCAGAAAGUGCUGGCUGCUGACGGUGAGGGGCGUCUGAAGCAGCGCAUCAAUGGCAUCACGAGCAUCGUGGAAGCAAAGGGUGCUCUGAGGGUUCUGAUGUCAGAGCUCGUUGCAGCCAAAACUGCGUUCUCCAAGCUGGAAAGUGAGUUGAAUCAGGAAAAAGGAAAUGCUCAGGACUUGAGGAAGAUGCUGGCCGAUGAGAGAAACGUGAUGUCCACCAUGGACAUGGAGCACCAGCAGCAGCUGGUGGAGCUGGAGCAGAGGCAUCAGGAGAAGGUUGUGUUCCUUCUACACCAGCUACAGGGCAAAACGUUUGAGGAAACGAAGGACGAAGAUCAGAGCGAGCUUCUCCGGCGUCUCCAAGUUCAGGAGGAAGAGCUGGAAAAACUAAGCGAGCAGAACCAGAAACUCCUGGAUCAGAAUGAGCAGUACAGACAGAAACUCUCAUUGCUCCACCUGCCGAGUGAGAAGAAAGUUCUUCUGCCUUCGAUUGAGAAUAAAAAGACUCCUAAUGACUCAUUUGAGUACGUUCCUCCAAAGCCGAAGCCGAGGCGCCCCACCACUGCUAAAGCACAGCUGAACACAACCAUCACCGUCGCUGAGCUGUUGUCGCCUAGCGAGGACGAGGGGGACGAGGAGGAGGACGAGUGGCGGCCUGAGAAGGUGCGCAGAGCUUCAAGGAAGUCCAGAUUAACAGGGUGUGCGUGUAAAGGCCGCUGCAGCAACAAGCAGUGCAGGUGCCGCAAAGGAAAGAUGACCUGUGGAGAGAACUGCCAGUGUGAUCACGAGAAGUGUCGAAACAUGGACAACCAGGCUAAUGCUGAGGGUGGAAGUCGUGCAGAAAUGGCGACGACAGACGCUGCAUCUCUGCAGGAUCCUGCAGCUGACAGUCCUGAGAGCUCCUUCUUCCAGCUUCCGUCCUGCACGCCCACUAAGAAGGCGAUGAAGGAAAUUGGAGACAGGGUCUACACCCCCGCAGAGCUGAAACUGGUCAAGAAGCCAAUCCUGGCAGAGAAGGACGAGGAUGAGGGGGAUGAUGAAGACAAAGAAGACAGAACAUCAAUCAGCAUCAAGAAGAAGAAACGAUUGUUGAACAGUUUUCAGAACAGUUUUUUCUCUGGCUGCACUCCAAUUAUAGAGGAAUCUUGAUCAGAACAGGUGUGUUUAUUCAUUAGUUAUUAACUUGAAUUUGUCAUUCUUAUAUAAUUAAACUUUUGUACGGUAACAUGAAAUUAGCUCGGGGGAACAAAAGGACUGAUUCAUUUACUGGAUCUAAUUUGUCACUAAAUUCAUAACUCGGCUGAUUCACUUCCUGUUUCUAGACUUGCUUUUAGUAUCUGACAUGAACUAAGUCUUUAAUGGAUAUUUCAGCCUUUUUCAAAGUUGUUUUAUGUGUAAAAGUUGGAAAUUAGCUUUUAAUGUCCAACAGGAUUGAUGAACUAACUGAUAGUCGAACAGUUAACCCAUCAGUCUCGUAAGAUUCAAACUAUUUCUCCAAACUGAGGCCAUCCAUGCGUCCUUUAACUUCAUCUUCACUGUAACGCCCUUUUUUCUGAAUGUUUUCAUUUCCUAAACAUUAGAAAUAAAAGCUCAAGCUCUUAUUUUAUUUUA